CAAAUCCAGAUUCAAAUUCAAGAUUACGUUCUUCUUCUUCUUCUUCAUUUUCAUCCGUUUGAUUUCUGCAGAUCUGCUUCUUGAAUUCGAGGGGAAAAAUAGAACUGUUAUUUUUCUUCAUUGAAUUCUUUUUCAUAUAUCGAAGUUUGUGGAAAAGGAGGAAGCGAAAAUGCGUAGCCGGGGAUCGAGUAACCGGCUAUCUAACUCUGGUGGUGGCUCUGCUUUUCGUUCUAGAAUUUCUGCUUUGGUUCUCGCCAUGUUCGCUACCAUGGCUACGGUUUACGUUGCCGGCCGGAUGUGGCAGGAGGCAGAGAGUAGAGUCUAUUUAAUUAAAGAACUUGAUAGGAGAACUGGUCAGGGUCAUUCUUCUGUAUCUGUUUCUGAGACAUUAAAAAUUGUAGCCUGCAAGGAACAACUAAAAAAGUUAUCAGCCAUCGAGAAGGAUCUAGCUGCUGCUAAGCAAGAAGGUUUUGUUUCAAAGGAGCAUUUGGGAAAUGAUGAUACUCGUCCCAAGAAAAGGCUUUUAGCUGUUAUUGGCAUCAUCACAACAUUUGGGCGAAAGAAAAACAGAGAUGCAAUUCGGAAAGCAUGGAUGCAAUCUGGUGCAGCUUUGAAGAAACUUGAAGAAGAGAAGCAAAUCGUUGUGCGAUUCGUAAUAGGAAAAAGUGCAAAUCGUGAAGAUAGUUUAGACAGGGAGAUCAGAGAUGAAAACAGCCAGACUAAUGACUUCAUUAUUCUGGAUGAACUGGAGGCACCUGAAGGACGUUCAAAGAAGAUAAAGUUUUUCUUUGCUCAUGCUGUAGAGAGCUGGGAUGCAGAGUUCUAUGUUAAGGUCAAUGAUGAUGUUUAUGUUAAUAUUGAUGCUCUAGGAGCAAAACUUUCUGCACAUUUGGAUAAGCCUCGUGUUUAUAUGGGGUGUAUGAAAUCAGGAGAAGUUUUCUCUGAACCGAACCACAAAUGGUAUGAACCUGAUUGGUGGAAAUUUGGCGACGCUAAAUCAUACUUUCGCCAUGCUUCAGGUGAAAUAUAUGCCAUUUCACGAGCUUUAGCGCAGUUCAUCUCGAUUAAUAAACCUAUUCUUCGGGUAUAUGCACAUGAUGAUGUGAGUGCAGGGUCCUGGUUUAUCGGGCUUGAUGUCACUCAUCUUAACGAGGGGAAAUUUUGCUGCAACAGCUGGUCUACAGGUUCGGUAUGCGCAUCUGUCUGAUUCGACUGACCGGAUUUACACCGGCACCAAUCUUUUUUGCAUUUGGAGUGUGAAUUUUGCCAUAUUGUGGACAUCAAAGAUUUCUCUCAGAAUUGAUUCUUUUAAUUCUACCCGGAUUCUUCCAACUGAUGUACAUGCAGGCCAACAUACUCUUUCAUUUUUGGAAGGGCAUAUGAAUUUUCUCUUAUUUUUUCUUUCUUGCUGAUGUACUAUAGUGUCUGUAUAUUCCAAAUUCAAUCCUAGAUUUGAUUGAUAAAUUUUUCCGAGUUUUCGGAUAAAACUUAAGGCUG